AUACCGCACACAGGAUUUGGGGAUGUCUGCGUGCCUACGGGAUGACACACACGUUCUCUUUUUAAUUUGAACCUUCAGUGAAAUUGUACACAUAAUUGCUUCACCGCCAGGUUGUUCUAGGGCACAUUCUGAACUGAAACAGGUCACAGCCUGUUUACAUUCCCCCAAACCCCGUUUUAUUUUUUACCCCAUCCCCGAUAGCAGUCAGUGCUAACAUUUGCUAGCCUGCUAGGGCUCGGAAGACCUGAAUUAAGUAUGAAGCGCACAGGCAGGAGGCGCAGCUCCGUGUGGGACUGCUUUGAACAAACAGGGAACUUCGUCCGCUGCAUGAAAUGCAACGCGACGCUGAAAUACUGCGGCGGAGCCACGACCUCCAUGAUGAACCACAUGAGCAGGCACCAUUCAUCCGCGACGCCGAUGGACGAGGACGAGAAACCCGUGAUCUGCACCGUUCAGUGCAUCGAGGAGGAGAACGCUUCCAACAACUCGGAAAUCACGCAGGUUGCAGUCAUGUCACCCAACAUAAACAUCACCACUGCUGAGCGGGACUCCAGCGAGAGGAAACGCCUGAAGCGGAGCUCAGUUUGGGAUAUCUUCAUCAAAGUGGACGACGAGGUUCACUGCACGAUGUGCGGCACGAAGCUCAAAUACAGGAGCAGCACCACCAGCAUGAUGUACCACAUCAAAAACAAGCACCAGGACGCAGCACCCAACGACGGUGUGUCGCUGGCAACGCAUGCGGAGGUGACUGAGCUCAUCUCCAGAAUGAUAGAGAAGGACAUGCUCCCCAUCAGCAUGAUUAGUGGCGAUGGUUUUCGCGAGCUGCUUGCAUACACUGUGCACAGUUAUAAAAUGCCAUCUGUUGGUGAUGUUACACGCAUUAUUGAAGGCCGUUUUCAUGAGAAGGUUGAAGAGCUUAUGGCGCAGCUGGGUAGAGUGGAGAAAGUGGCUCUCACUGCAGACUUCUGGACAGGUCUCACCUUUCAGAGGUACAUGACCGUGUCGUGUUCAUUUAUAACAGAAGACUGGCAGGGGAGGUCAGCUGUGCUGCAGACGCACAAAGUCUCAGCAGGCAGCCACUCCACUGCAGACACUGUUACAGAGAGCGUGCUCAGCACCGUGCAGGCGUGGGCCAUCACCGGUAAAGUGACCUCAUGUGUUCAUAACGACACGCAGAACAGCUUAUCAGUCCAAGCAUGUACCCGUGCCACCUGGGACUACACGAUUUGCUUUGCCACAACGCUUCAGCGAGCAGUCAGCGAUGGGCUUAGUGAAGAUUUACUCCGCAUCGUUGUUGCUGCUGGGAAACUAGUUAAGCACUUCAAUCGCAACUUGCUCGCAAAUGAGGCCUUGGAACAGAAGCAAGUUCAGAUGUGCCUGCCGCAACACAAGCUCAUCCAGUCGAGCAAAGACAGAUGGGACACCAUCUGCGACAUGUUUGAACGUUUGCUUGAACAACGGUGGGCGAUUAAAGCAGUCCUCUCCGACCGCAGCGUCACCAGCAGGCAGGAAGCUCAGACCCUUGAGAUUGAAGAUGACUGCUGGCAGAUAAUUGAGAACUUCACGCCUGUGCUGGCGACACUUAAAUGGGCUACAACAGUCAUUUCUGCAGAUACAGAGGUGUCCAUUUCGAAUAUCUACCCGAUCACCUUCAGCCUGGUUCAGACUCAUCUCGUGCCAAAAGAGAAUGACGUUGAACAAGUCUCAGAGUUCAAACUCAAAGUUCAGCAGUCACUUCGAAAUCACAUGGAGGUUGACUCUAACGACCUGGCUUCAAAACCGGCUCUGAUCGCCUCCAUGUUGGAUCCCCGGCACAAACACCUGAGCUUCCUUACACCAACGGGAAGACUGGCUGCAAAGGUUAAGCUUCAUGAACUAGUUUCAAAAUUGGAUGCAGUUGUAACUGCUACUGCAGGUGCAAAGGAUGAGCAGCAGGAGACUUUGGUCACCCCGGAUAUUAGCCAGGCAGCUGUACCCUCGCAAAUUAGAAGUGACGCCAAAAACACUAUGGUGCUACUCCUUGGCGACAACUAUAGUUCUUCCUAUGCCACCGACUCUGAGGCUCAGGUCGAUUACUACUUAAGAGACAUUGCUCCCUCGUUAGACAUUAACCCUCUCGACUGGUGGAGGGUAAAUGGACCGAGAUUCCCCAAACUGGCAACUCUUGCGAGACACUAUUUGUGUGUACCAGGGGUAUCACUGCCAUCUUUAUUGUCAGAAGCAGGACAAACGUUUGCAACAAUGCGCAGAAGACUGAGCCCAGAGCAUGUUGACAUGAUGAUCUUUGUAAACAGAAAUGCAUAACCCGCAUGACCUUAGAUGUUGAAGAUGCUGGUGCCCUAUACCAACAACAGAAUAAGGUUACUGAAAGGUAACAGAAGAAGCAAGAAGUCAAAAUAGGAAGAUGUUGGCGUGUUGUACGUGCUUGUGUUCAACAGUGCUAUAAGCCAAAACUUGUUUCAGACACUAAAACUUGGAAGUCAUUGCCUUUGAGUUUUUAACAAAGUUUGCCUGCAGCAAAGUAACAGUUGCCAUUACUUUGCUGCAGGCAAAUAUUUAACAACAUCUUCCAAGUAGUUCUCAAAAUGAAAACCAAUCACUUUGUUUUGUCACUUUGCUCAACUUUAUACUGGCACUUCAGCCCUGAAACAGCUUGCAGUGAACCAGUAGUAAAAUUAUGUAAGAAGUAUUUGUAGAAAUAUGUAGUCAUAACAAAUUCUUGACAGUCAGCUUCAAAUGUCAGAACAAGUAUCUAGAAAGUGCUCUACAAUCAUGCUGAAGUCUUUUAUAUGCCAUAUUCACCUUAACAUAGGCAUUGUGUUCUAUGAAUGGCAAUGAAUACCUGUUUUUUUUUUUUUUUUUAAAUAUCAAAUAGACUACCUUUACAAUUAAG